AAAAGCCGGUAAACACCAUUUUUAAAAUAUUAAUUUGCUAAUGAAAAGAUUAAGAAGCUAUUUUUGCGGCAUUAGUAACUGGCACAAAAACGAUAAACUAAAAAAAGUACUUUGAGCUGCUAAAAAAUUGCAAAAAAUGUUGCAAACAGUGACUGAAUGUCUUCGCACGUAGUCAAUUAAUUAAAAAAGUAACAACAAAAACAUUGCAAGAACAACAAAAAAUGUCUCGGCCAAGUCUAAAAGAUUUUGAGAAAAAUUAAAUUUUGCGUAUCGCCGAGACUCAUUAGCCAACACUGCCAGCAGUGCCAGCAGUGCCAGCAUUGCUAGCUUAGCCAGCACUAUCCGCCUGUCUUACUGUGCCUGUCUUAUGAAGUAAAUAAAACAGAGCCAAAGUCAUCGGUAGCGUCGUCGGUGCUGUCAUCGUCUACGUCGACGCUCGUUUGUGCUCUACCGACAACCGAAACAGCAACACAAAUAAAGCUACGCAGUGCCUGCUCUUAUCAUUAAGCAACGAACAAUCGAGCAAUUAAAGUGAACAAGCAACGAGCCGAGCUUAAGAAGCACAGAUCUAUAAAUCGCUCGGUUAGACCCUAUCGAAGCUGGCUUUAAAAUUCCGUGUAAUUAUUUCAAGACAAACUGUGUGCUAACUGACUUCGUGCAAUGAACAUACUCAGCUUAUCCUAAGCAAGAAAUCAUUAAGCUCGGAUUUGAAAAAUAUCAAAUAUUUUUAUUUUCUAUAAACGAAAGAAUUUAAUCCAACAGUGCUCAGGUCCUUGCGCGAGUUUUACUAAAGAAAGGUGCAACGUGUGUUGAGUCUUUAUCGAAAUUUACAAGUAAAAAUGUGCAAACUGAACUUUUAAAUAAAAAAAUAUCAAAUUAAAAAUUAAAACAAAUAAACAAUUUUUUUAAGUGCUAAAUAGAGAAUUUUUGUAAAAUUCUGUUGAGGAAUUCUACGAAAAUCGAAGGACUACGUGAAUAAAGUUCUGGACUAAAUCACAGUGAGAAACAAACAAAAAGAUGGCUCCCAAUAUAAUAGGCAGCACCUUCAUUAUUGCUGAGACUGCCAUAUCUAAUGAUGGCAAUCACAAUAACAAAGCCGCGGCAGCUGGAACAACAACCACUACCGCAACUUGCCCCUCCACCAUCAAGGGCAAUGAUCGUGUGCCGACUCAAGGCGAACCUGCCCUAAUGAAAUCCAACGCCAAGAACGCAAAACUUGCUGAGAAUAGUGCCAUUCAGAAGAAACCCUAUAAAGUGGAAAUUGUUUGGGGAAAUAUAAUGCUCUUCAUUAUUUUGCAUUCAACUGCUUUGUAUGGAUUGUAUCUGAUAUUUGCUGAAAGUGCCUAUAUUGAAUUCGGUUUGAUCUAUAUAACUGGAUUUAUUGGCGGUUUGGGAAUUACUGCUGGCGUACAUCGUCUUUGGUCGCAUAGAGCAUACAAGGCCAAAUUGCCUUUGCGCAUAUUUCUUAUGUUGUGUCAAUCAUUGGCUUUCCAGAACAGCAUCUAUGAAUGGACACGAGAUCAUCGCGUACAUCACAAAUUCACCGACACUGACGCCGAUCCACACAACUCUAGACGCGGCUUCUUUUUUGCACAUAUGGGAUGGCUUUUAUGCAAAAAACACCCUGAUGUUAAAGAGAAGGGCAAACAAAUUGAUAUGAGUGACUUAUUGGCUGAUCCCGUUGUAGUCUUCCAACGCAAAUACUAUUUCAUCGUUAUGCCCAUAUGUUGUUUCGUGCUUCCUGCGCUGUUCCCAUAUUUCUAUUUGGGUUCAUCACUAAAAGUAUGUUUCUUUGUUUGCUCCAUGUUGCGUUACUGUCUGUCAUUGCACGGUACUUGGUUGGUUAAUAGCGCAGCUCAUUUCUACGGAAUGAAACCCUAUGACACCGCAAUAAGCUCAGUUGAAAGUAAGGUUGUGUCAAUUAUUGCUUUCGGUGAAGGUUGGCAUAACUAUCAUCAUGUCUUCCCUUGGGAUUAUAAAGCAGCUGAAUUAGGCACAUAUAAAUACAACUGGUCCACUGCUUUCAUAAAUUUGAUGGCUAAAAUUGGCCAAGCAUAUGACUUGAAAUCAGUUUCUGAAGAAAUGGUGCUGAAACGUGUCCGUCGUACUGGUGAUGGUACUCACUCAUCUGCCAUUGAUUGCAACAAUAACUCUACGAGUGGCAUCACAAACCAAAUGGUAUCAAAACUAAAUCACGAUGAUGAGCCCGUGAUGGUGUGGGGUUGGGAUGAUAAGGACAUUCUGGAGGAUGAUCGUAAAAAAGCUACAAUUCAUGAAAAGAAAGAGGAUUAGGUAGCAAACUUAUCAUUAUUCCAUUACUAUAAGAGUACAGUUUUUAAUUAUAAUAAUUAUAAUUGGUGGCUGUUACUUUCUUACAUACAUUAUACAUAAUAUGCACAAUAUGCACAAAGCCAAAUAAAACUCUUUGGGAAUUGAUGUGCUGAUUCGAAAUUUUAUAUUUACAAAUCAAAUUCUUUACCCAUCGUCAGGUCUGUUGUUUAAAACUCUAAAGAAUAAUUAAAAUUGCAAAAUUUUUAAUUGAAAGCGAGAGGAAUCUAGAGGGGUUCCCAAAAGAUUUAACUUUAAUUUCAACUCUAAAUUAAUGUUUUAUUAAUUAAUGUUAAUUAUAACGCGAGAGGUUCUAUUUUUAAGGAUAAUUCACAUUGCAGUGUUAAGGUUUAGUUUUUAAGGAAAUUGCUUGUAAAGUACGUGUUUCUAGUUAUAAAAAUUAUUAUAAUAUAUAUUUUUUGAUAUAUACAAACAAAUUUAUUUUCUAAAGUAAUUAUUUUU